GCGUGUAUUUGUCCUCCUGGUGCUGCUGCCUUUCAAGGUGACUGCAUGGUUCUGCACGCUGCCAGAGGAGCAGCUGGAUCCUAUGUGGCUCUGGCAGACAUGGCUUCAACGAACCAUUUAUUUGAGGAAGGGAGCUGGCACAAAGACAGCCAUUGCUCUUCCCUUGUAUCACUGCAGGGUUGGGAGCAGAAGAUGACACAUGGGGUAGAGGUUAAUGGUUCUCCCCAUACACGCCAAGUCCUUAAUUGCCUUUUUUAGGAGUUUGUGGAAAGUACCCUAUUUCCUUGACGUCAACCAUCCAGAGUCACUACCAAGGCAGGCAGAAAAUAUGUACCGUCUGGGGGUGGUGGACCACAGGAGAAUCACAUUGAGGCUUUCUGGGGUUUUCCUCAAAGGCAUGCCCACACCUUACCCUGAAGCUGUCCCAAAGUGUGCCCCGAUGGCAAACAGCCCUGCAAGGUCCAGCUGCAAGCACCUUGCUGCUGCCUCCACUGCUGCCAUUCCGCAUUGGGCUUCGCUCCGAGUAACUCCCUGGCACCUUUCCUCCGAGAAGGUCCGAGUUGGGCUGCAAUCCAGAAGAGCCGGGGCGCUUGGGCUGGUGAUGGAGAUGUCCUGAAGAGAGGCAGCAGCUGGCACUGCCCCAGCGGCUGCCUGGAUGCAGCACAAGCAAGCUUCCCCAUUCCUCAAGCUGAGGCUCCUUCUGCAGGUUGGAAUGAGGACUGGGAAGAGCAGAAGCAAAAGGCUAAAGUGCAUGAAGUUCAUUUUCCAUGCGCUCUAUCCAUUGCAGAAUUAGUGAGUGCAGCACAGCUGUCACAGAUCUCUAAGUGACAGAUCUUUGGGUAUCAGAAUUGUUUUUUAAAUAAACAGCAGUGAAAAACAUGUUUAUAUCAAAAGAAAAGUCAAAACAUUAUGUACAAUGUAAAAAUAGAAACUACUUCCAAUGCUGAAAAAUAAAUCAUUUUAGGAAGACGCUGAAAAUCAGCCAGCUCAUUUCAAACUGCAAAGUGGAAGAAAUUUAAAAAAUGUGGACUAUUUUCAUACUCUGCCCUUCUGCUCAAGUCGUAGUGUGGAAGUAAAGCUAUUGUUUGCAUGCAAGUGCUUCCACUUGCCACCGAGAUCAUACUUGUGGCUCCACAGCACUGCUUGCUUGCAGUCAUGUGUUUAAGUGUGUGUAGUUUCACUUUUACCGCAUGAAUCAUGUCCUCAGGGAACUGCAGCAAUGCCCUUCCGUCAUCACUGCUCAGAUCUGUGGUGUCAAAACGAGAAACGGGUUUAAUCUGGUGCCAGCUUCUCAGCCCCGUAAAGCCUCCAGAGAGGGGAGCAGAUUGCAUGCAGCCAUCUUGGCACCUCAUCCCUUUAGUUUAUGCUUGCUGAAGAGUUUGUAAACUUGACUCGCACGGAAGUCCAAGAUGGUUUUGGAACCCUUACAGCUUAUUACCGGAGUUUCAUUUUGGUCAUUUUGGGCUGGGAGCCAAAUGAAAGUUCUCUGCCUCAGUUUCAUGAGGAAACACUCACUCAUUGCCUCUUAGUCCCAGACUAGUGAUGAAACACACCAUGGCUCCUCCUCUCAGCUUUAUUAGCAUGGGGAAACCUCCAGCAUAAAACUGUCUCCAUGCUCCGUCCUGCUAAUGAGAUCAGGAAUUCUGUCAGUGCCUUUUCUGACCUUGGUGCUGUUUCCAUCCUCGCCUCUGGCUGUCCGAAGAUAAGUAUCAUGGAAGCACCAAACUUGCUGGAGAAUGGAAAUACUCCACAGAAAAGGAAAUGUCCAUGUUGCAAAGUGGCUUUAUAUACUUCAAUAUUUGUUUUGAUUGCGAUCUCAGUAGUCUUCUGUUUGCUCCUUCAUAAACAGCCACCAGAGACAUGCUGGGCACAUGGAUUUUUAUUGAACUAUUCUACAUCCACCAACAAAGCUACCAUGAUCUGGGAGUGGAACUUGAAGCACUGUGAUGAUUUGGUGCAGCAGAACCGCAAACACCUGAUAAUCAAGAAGAAUGGCAACUACUUCAUUUACGCUCAGAUCAGCCGCCAAAAGAACGUGACAGAGCUUUUCACAGUGGAGCUGUACAAAGAGCCAAACAUCAGUCUCAACAAGGCUGUGGGACCAAAGGCAGGGGAUGAAAUGGGCAUGGUAAAUUUUGGUAGACCUUUCUACCUGGAGAAGGGAGAUACGCUGUACUGUGAGGCAAAUAUCAGUCCUGAAGCUAUUACGAUGGGCAAUGACACAUAUUGGGGCCUGUAUAAAAUAUAGCAGGAUUCUGCUCUGAGUCAGCUCCUCCCUUACACCCUCCAGGAAACCUUAGGGCACUUAUUGUCUCGGAUGAAGAGCGUGCAAUUUCUCUCUGUAUGAAAUUCAGUUUGCUCGAGUGCAUGCCGUAAUAGGCUGGUAUCCUGCAGUGACAGAGUAAGCUUAAAAAUUGGGGGGGGAGGGGGGGGUGUAGCAAACUUUUGGAUGGCACCCGAUCACCACAAAGUACGAGAGAAAGACGCUUCUGGGAUGAAGAGCCCUUGAUGCACUGCAGGGUUGAUGACCCUGAGAAUGACAAGUCACAAUAUUCAAUCUGUUCUGAGCUGGGGAGGAGCUCUGCUUUGCAGCUGGUUGCAUUUCAGAGCUGGGUAGACGUUGGUACCUUGGGUCCCUUCUAAUGAAAGGUGUCAUGUAAAACUAAGGUAUUCUAUACGAUUCCUGCACAACCUGCCCAUAAAUGGUGCAUAUAGAGUGGGGGGGGUGAAGCAGUUCAGAGACAGUCUGCGAUGAAAGGAAAGCUUCUCCAGCCCACCUGCAGCUUUGUCCUCUCUGUGCUACUGGCAAGGGAAACACCGCGUUGGAGCUUCCUAAGGGAAGCACAGCCCCAGGCAGGCAGAGCUGUGGCACGCUGCACAACGCACACACAGCCAGGAUGGAGGUGGGAAACAUGAGCCAGCAGGGGAGCAGCAUGGCCUUCACCUGCUUGGGGAGCCAAGAUGCUGCUUGCUUCAAGGCCUUGACCAUCUACGGCACUUGCUGGGAUGAACAUCAAAUCACCUGCGCAUCACAGGAAGGUCUCAAGGCCUCAGCAAAGUCGAAGUGCUGCUGUGGCCACGUGGUGGUCCAGCUGCCCCAUGGUGUGUUUCCUCUCCCUUGCCUGGGCUCUCCCGGGGACUAGGUGCUUUGCUUCCUGCCAGCUGCACCUUUGCGGGUGAAACUCUUCUGCCGUGACUCGGAGCACAUCCCAACCUUAUGGGUGAAGUUGCAACUGAGAAGCUGACUGGAAGUAAAUAAUCACUUAGGGUGCUUGGGGUGCGCUGGGGCAGUUAGUGCCGCUGGUAGCUCUUACAACUUUAUAUUCUAUGUAUUUUAAUUCCAAAGAACCAAGAGCCAACCUUUCACAGACAUCUCCAGUCUCAUGUUUUGUUUUGUGCAAUCUGUUACUGACGAAAAUGUUACUCUUGUUCUUACUUUGCUUGGUGUAUUUCCCUUAGUUUAAAAUAAAAAAAUCUUACAAACCGCAA